AUGGCCUCCGCACAACUCAACCACCCAACACCCAUCAAGCCCUCUCCACUCAAUGGCACACAUCUCUCAUCAGACAACUACGCCAACGGAGUCAACGGUCAGCAACACUACGUCCCCUCUCUCUCCUCAGGAGCAUCCACACCCGCAUCAACCGCAAGUCCAGGACCCGUAUCGGCCGAAGUCUACUUCGCAUCCCAUGUCGCUCCCAAAUCCCUCCCCGAGAACGCUGAAAAGAUCCGCACCUUUGUUGACCGCCACAUGCAUGAAGGUCGUCGUGUCGUCCUUGUCACCAGCGGAGGAACAACAGUGCCAUUGGAGACACAGACGGUCCGGUUCAUCGACAACUUCAGUGCAGGAACUCGUGGAGCCACAUCGGCAGAAUUCUUCCUGGAGGAGGGGUACGCCGUCAUUUUUAUGCAUCGUCAGUUCUCGCUCCAGCCUUACUCCCGCCAUUACAGUCAUACUCGCAACUGCUUCUUGGAGUUUAUGGAGGCCGAUGACGAGGGUAUCCAUGUGAUGCCCUCGUAUGUGGACAAGAUGAGGACUGUCCUCGCCAAGUACCGAGCUACACAGAAGGCAGGAACGUUGUUGACGCUGGACUUUGUGACGGUAAACGACUACCUCUUCCUCCUUCGCGAAGCAGCCCAGAUCAUCUCCAAGAUGGACGUCAACGCCAUGUAUUACCUCGCUGCCGCCGUCUCAGACUUCUUCAUCCCUGCCGACAAGAUGUCUGAGCACAAGAUCCAGUCGGGCGACGGACUCUUGAACCUCUCCAUGGACCAGGUGCCUAAGAUCUUGAAGCCUCUCGUCAACGACUGGACUCCCAAGGCGUUUAUUGUUUCGUUCAAACUUGAGACCGAUGAGGCGUUGUUGCCGAUCAAGUCGCGUCAGGCUCUGAGGCGGUACGGACACCAGAUUGUAAUUGGAAAUAUCUUGACGACUCGAAAGAGGGUUGUCAAGAUGAUUACUAUGGAUUCUGAGAGUGAGAUCCGGUUGACGGCGGAAGAGGAUGAGGUGCAGCAUAUUGAGAUUGAGUCGAGGAUUGUGCCAGAGUUGAUUCAAAGGCAUACAGAGUGGAUUGAGGAUUGUGGUAAGCAUGGGCGUUGUGGUAUCCGUGUCCGUACUACCUCACAGUAA